GGUACAUGUCAAAAGUUAGAAAAAAAUUAUCUUCGUUUGACAAGUGUAAGUUUCUGAUUGAAUAUUUGCCUACUAGUAUUCCAUGCUCAUCUGUUGUAGGAAGCUGAUCCGACAACAAUUCGCCCCUAUCAUAUAUUAGAAAAAGCAUUGAAAUUUGUCAUGGAUAAGUAUAGAAUAACUAACGAUCAUUCUUAUAUAAGUGAUCAACUGAAAAGUAUUCGACAAGAUUUAAUGGUGCAAAAUAUUAGAAAUAACUUUACUGUUCAGGUUUAUGAAGAGAAUGCACGAAUUGCUUUAGAAAUGGGUGAUCGUGAACAGUUUAAUCAGUGCCAAACUCAAUUGGAAACGUUGUAUGCCAGUGGCUGUGAUCACACACAUCAGACUGAGUUUUUGACAUAUCGUUUGAUGUAUAGUAUGUUAUUGAAUGAUUAUAAGAGUAAGUUUAUCUUUUC